AUGCCUGGAACUCUUCCGUCGUCAGAAGACCAUGUCGAUGUCCUCAUCGUCGGGGCUGGUCCUGCAGGGCUGAUGCUGGCCAACUGGCUGAGUCGCUGCGGCGUCAAGACACGAAUUGUGGACAAACGUGGCACCAAGAUCUUCAACGGCCAGGCAGACGGCCUGCAAUGCCGUACCCUCGAGAUCUUCGACUCGUUUGACUUCGCCGACCGAGUCUGGCGAGAGUCGAAUCACAUGCUCGAGAUCUGUUUCUGGAACCCUGACGAGUCGGGCCAAAUUCGUCGCUCGGGGCGGAUUCCUGACACGAUCCCCGGCAUCAGUCGCUUCCAGCAAGUGGUCCUGCACCAAGGUCGUAUUGAGCGAUUCUUUCUUGACUCGAUCAAGGAACAUAGUGGCAUUGUGGUGGAGCGUGGUGUUCUUCCCACUAGCUUCGAGUUUGACAACGCCAAAGCGGCCGACUUUGAGGAUUACCCCAUCACCGUCACCUUGCGCACAUUGUCCGAAUCCGAGGCUAUACCCCGACAGCAACAGCAGCACCAUAAAGAUGAUCAUGGGAACCAAACCACGGUAAACGAUGGCCUGUUUCGGAGCAACUUGGCGGCUGAUGACACCGACGAUCUUAUCCGAGCCGCUGAGACCAAUGCUCGAGCAGACCAAGUCGAGUCGGUCAAGGCCAAGUUCCUUGUCGGCUGCGACGGCGCACAUUCAUGGGUGCGGCGACAGCUCGGCUUCAAAUUGGAGGGGGACUCGACGGACUACAUUUGGGGGGUGUUGGACAUCGUACCGAUCACUGAUUUCCCGGACAUUCGACAACGCUGUGCAAUUCAUUCAGCCAAUGCGGGAAGUGUCAUGGUCAUCCCCCGUGAGAACAGAUUGGUUCGACUUUAUAUUCAGUUGCGAACCACAGAGCAUGCUCAGUCGGGGAUGAAGGCCGACCGAUCAGGCAUCACUCCGGAGGUCAUCCUUCAGUCGGCUCAGCGCAUUCUUCACCCAUAUAAGCUUGACUACUCCUAUUGCGAUUGGUGGACAGCUUACCAGAUCGGCCAGCGUGUAGGGGACAAAUUCUCGCUCCAGGAGCGCGUUUUUCUCGCUGGUGAUGCUGUCCACACGCACUCUCCGAAGGCUGGACAGGGCAUGAACGUCAGCAUGCAAGAUACAUAUAACCUGGGUUGGAAACUCGCCCAUGUCGUCAAGGGCUACAGCGAGGGAUCGAUUCUCAAAACAUACGAGUUAGAGAGGAAGAAGAUUGCUCAAGAACUGAUCUCCUUUGAUCAUCGUUUCUCCCGGUUGUUUUCAGGGCGCCCGGCCAAAGAUGUCAUGGAUGAAGAAGGCAUCAAUAUGGAAGAAUUCAAGGCCGCUUUUGAACGCGGAAACGAGUUUGCGAGUGGAAUUGCUGUCAACUACGGUUCCAGUGUGAUCGUCGCCAAAAAGGUCACGAAUGGCACUGAGGGCGACCAGCAAAGUCAAGUCCUUAGCAAGCCUCAUCUAGCGACCAAAAUCGACAUUGGAAAGAGAAUGCCCAGUUUCAAGGUCUUGAAUCAAUCUGAUGCUCGACCAUGGCAUCUUCAGGAACUACUGAAGAGCAAUGGUCAUUGGCGAGUGAUUGUAUUUCCUGGCCAACUGAGCAACCCUCAGAAUAUGCAGCGAGUGAAGCAGCUGGGUGCUCGGCUUGAGGCCCAAGGCUCGUUUAUCAGACGCUACGCACCUUCUGGGCAACCAACUGACAGCGUUAUCGAAGUACUCACGGUACAUGCCGGUCCGCGGACAGGGGUUGAGCUUCUGGAUCUGCCCCAGGCAUUCCACCCAUAUCACGAGAAGGUGGGGUGGGACUACUGGAAGGUCUUUGUAGAUGAUGGAUCUUACCAUGAAGGUCAUGGUCAGGCAUAUCUCAACUAUGGAAUUGAUCCCGUUCAUGGAGCAGCUGUCAUCGUUCGCCCAGAUCAGUAUGUCAGCUGGAUUGGUGAGGUGAAUGAUUAUGAUGAGAUGGCAGGAUUCUUCGCAGCAUUUAUGAAAGAGCAUGAUACAACAAAGGCCGCUUAG